ACAAACAUUAAACAAACAAGCACUUUAUUUGCUGUAAUCAAAUAACAUAUUUCGUUUCAGACUGUUAACUCACGUACAGAGGAAUAUGGACAAGUCGUGGAUGUCAGCACCUAGGGGUACGACACAGUAUAACGACGGGUGUAGAGCGUUCGUGGCAUUCGCCGUUCGUAACUGUAGGGCUGCUGAUGGCAAAAUUUACUGCCCAUGUAAGUACUGCCGGAAUAACCAGCGGCACCCCCCAGAUUACGUUCUUGCCCACCUGACAGGGGGGAACGGAAUGUCCACGGGAUACGGUUUCUGGUAUAUGAACGGUGAGACUACCCUAAACCCUGCUGCUCCUGUUCGGGGUCACGACCAUCCCAGUGUCACAGAUACGGCUGCCCGUGGCAUUGAACAUGUAGAAGUCACAGAACAAGGCGGAGACCUGGAACAAGGUAAUGCGACAACGAUUGGUCCGGUGUCGCCUGUUGGACAAUUGCUGAGCCAACAAUCCCCUCUCUGGACUCCAUCGCCCAUUACACCAUCUCUUGCGGGACAAUCGCCGGUUGGCGAGUUCACGCCCGGGACUGCACCUCGUGAUCUGCAGCGACGUCCUCCAGAUUUGUAGAUAUUUUGUGUUUUU